UACUGAAAAAAAAACCCGAAGACUUCUUCUGAUGAUAUAUUUUUCUUAUAUGAGAUUAGUAGGUUCUAAGCAAUGGAUGUAGAUUUGUUAAGACCAGGAACUGUGCCCAUAUCACCGGACACUAUCCUGUGGUUUGAAUUUAUACUUGAUCCUACUCUAUUAAAAAAACACCUUAGCAAACCAAAUCCAGAACCAUCAGCAUGUGAGCUUAUAGAAGAGUUCUUAUCAGUUGAUGCUAAGAAUUAUUCAGUAUCAAAAGCAGCAAGUGAAAGAGUUGUCGAUGUGGACGGUCCUCCCAGUCCUCCAACAGUGACGACGACACCUUUACAAUUUUCUAGAAAACAACUAGCACUGAAGAUUUUAGCUCUUAAGAUAGCUGCCUCACUUAAUUGGAACUUGGAUGUAUUUGAAACAAAAUUACCACCACAAAUACAGCAACAGUUGAUGCAAGAUCUUGUUUAUGUAGCUACUGACACAGCAUUUGCAGUUCCACCACAGGAAAUACCGACAGAGUUAUUAAACAAACCUCAAGUGCAAUUUGCACUGACUUUAUAUCAUAGAUGGAUACUAAGGUUUCCUGUUAAAGCCGCCCUAUUCGCUAAGUCUACAAAAAUACCUUUUGUACAUGUACCUGGAAUGCAAACAGAUACAGGUUACAGUCCCAUGAAUCAAAACUUUGAGAAAAUACUUCGAAUGUGUGACACAUCUCGCCUGCAAAGUAUUAAGUAUUUAGAAAGUGUUCUAGCUGAAUGUACAACUUACAGAAGUCCUAAACAAAUUAAAAUACCAGUAAUGGAGACAUUUAUACAUCUGACAGAGGAUUGUAAUGAUAUGAACCACAACUGGAAUGCAGGGGAUGUCUUCAUUAACCAGUAUGAACUUGGAAUGCAAAUUCAUUUUGAUCUAUGUUAUAAUUACUUCUUUUAUGGACAACAUGAUAUGGCAAAAAAACAUAUACUCGGAUGCAGAGAAAAUGCAAAACUUCUUGAAAAAAUUGUGGAAAUAAAGGGUUAUGGAUUUCAAAGAGAAAUGCCUUGGAAUAAUUUUAAUUAUGCUAGCAUGACAAAUGAUGAUAUUAUAGGUUAUAUAAGAGCUCUAAAUUUAGGCUACGAAUUGCUUAAUGAAGAACCUACGCUUUUGCAAAAACUUCAAGAGUCUGUAGCUAAUCAUUAUGCAGGGAUCAUAGCCAUUUUACAAGCCGACAACCUGGCUAGAGAAAUCCCGAUGAUUCAUCGAGAAGUUGUAGAAUUAGAUAUACAAGGAUCGGCUUCCAGUGGUGCCUUUACUGUUGCUAGAGAUCUAUUAAAUAGAGUAUCAGCACUAAACGCCGUGAGAUACGCUCUCGAAGGUGGCAUACCGUCAACACACCCUGAUUUCCUUAAUAAGCUUAAAACUCUGGGUAACAAAUUUUAUGACUUACUAUUUUGGGCUCUAGGCCCCGUUUUACAAUCUAACUUAUCAGAAGAUGACUGGAGCAAGUUAAACAUUUUCUUUUUACAUUUAGCAACGUCCCAAUGCAAUAUACCAAUCGAUAGAAUAGACGAGUACUUAAAAAAAUAUGUUGGUGCAGAAUCGAGCGAUAAGAUACGAAAGAAAUUAAUAUCUGAUGAUAAUUUGGAACAAAUUAUCAAUGAUCCCAUGAAUAGUGACGAUGAGAACAUGGAUAUUCCAAGAGAGCUCCUCACCGGCGACUGGGAUACACCAGAUUUCGAUUCUAAAAGCGUCGCCGAACUCGGAAUGGGAAAGCUGAAGAAGCUACUUAUAGAGGCUUCGACGGCUGACGAUGUGCGAAUGUGUUUGGUCACGUUAGCAAUUACGUCGCCUUCGUCUCCGCUCUGGAAAAUAAGUCCGUCAUGGAAGCCUGCCGGCACCUUGGGCAAUGCUCUAGUGUCUUUGCCUCGAGGAUUCUUGCAAGACUUUGGAUACGUAGUUUCCGGUGCGGCGCGAGCGAGGGCCGAGGCCGGAUGUUCCCGCGUCGCUCUAUCUUUGCUCUCCGUGUUGGAAAGCGAGGUCCGCAACCAGCUCGGCGGGGGCUCGGACUCGAUAAUGUACCGGCUGUGUCGCCUGUUGUCAUGGGAAGUCCUUUACUUACAAGUGAAUGUCAUGCUCAGCGAGUGGCCGCACCACCGUCUCAACUUGACAGUGCUGGCCAACAAAUGCAGGGCUGCUAUCACCGCCGCCGCAUCUGGUGACAGCGUUCCGCCUCGACCGCAGGUGGUGGAGGCGUGCUGGACGUGCCUGGUGAACGCGUGCGAGUGGGAGGGUGUGUCGGGCGGGGUGGGGGGAGUGGGGGGCGCGGGCGAGGCGGCCGCCGCGCUCUGCGCCGCCUGCCUCGAGCUGCAGCGCGGCAAAGCCACCAGGAAAUUCCCACGCGCCUUGUGGGACUACGCUCUUUCGGUAUACUGCAACGGUACUAACGGUCCGGUAAAGCGAACUUCCAGUGGAGUGCCCUCGCACUCCCGCGACGCAUCUAACUCGUCUGAAGCGAGGAACUCGUUCAACGCGUUCCUGGCGAGCCUGAGAGAGCCCCUGGCCAUCAGCGUCAUGUUCUCGCUCCUCGCCAGGAUAUACAAUCUGAUAAUAGACGAUAGCUCCUUGGAACUGGUCGUGGAGUACACCACCCUUUGGCCUUCCACCAUAUCCAAUAUGAACAACUACAAUACCAAACAUAUUAUCGAAUCUCUCACGGAUCUACUCGAAAGAAGCCUGAAGUUGUACCCUUAUAAUACCUCCUGGCUCCGGCUGUACGGGGACGUGGAGAUGUGCGGCGGGCGGUGGGGGGCGGCGCUGCGGCGCUACCUGUGCGCGCUGGCGGCGGGCAGCUGGCACUUCGCCAAGCGCGCUCCCGACGAGGGCAGCAUAGCGCGCCGCGCCGCCCGCUGCUGCCAGGCUCUCGGCGCGCCCACGCAGGCCGCCGCGCUCUGCCAGCUGCCCGACGAGCCCGACUACACCACCGCAUUCAAGUGCCUCGCAGAAAAGAGCGGCAACGCGGCGGACGCGAUGGACGCGUACUACGGCUGCCUGUGGGACGGCACGCUGCUGGAGGUGGCGGUGGCGCUGCACGCGCGGCGCGGGGAGGGCGGCAGACGCGCGCGCGCGGUGAAGGCGGCCGGCGCGCUCGAGCUCAACGCCAACAACAGCGAGGACAUCCAGCGCGAGGCGGCCGCCGUCAGGCGCGCGCGUCUGCUCAGAGCCCUCACCAAUCAAUACGUCGCCUAA